GCCGAGUCCAUUCAAUCCCAUCUAUUACAACGUCCGGGGGGGGCCUUUUGUUUUUAGCACAAUGAAGGGGAUUUGACUGACGGCACAACUCGGGUAUAGAUCUACGGAUUUCUCCCGGUAAGGAGCCGGGACCUGGAUGAAUCCAUGUCGUGUUUUACAACGUGUUUCGCUGACAAGUCGCUAAGCCUCCCCUUAAAUCCCUCCAGUCCAACCACAGCACAAAACGCAAUCCUUCGCACUAGUCACACAUCAGUAGCCCAGCAGUUCCAUGGACAUAGCACUCCGGUGACCUUUGACUGCCUGUGAAUGACAAAUCACGACUCGGCGUUCCCUGAAGAAGAAGAAGGAGACAGGAGCCUCUUAUCCUCUGCAUUGGAAAAAAACAAAACAUGAAAGAAUCUGAAACGCAAGCUGGUGGAGAGCAGCGCCGGGGACGCGAAUAGAGACGGAGGCUGCGGCAGGGAGCGGCCGGGGAUCAGGCCGGGAGUGAGCGGGGCGGCGGCGGCAGCAUCCUCCCCCCCAGCGCCCAGGAGCCCGGGCCGAGAGCUGCAGGACUCCAGCACCAUGGACAGCUCAGGUGCCUCAUCUCCAGACAUGGAGUCCAACUAUGGAGGAGGGCUAUUAGACAUGGUGAAAGGGGGAGCGGGGCGACUGUUCAGCAACUUGAAGGACAACCUGAAGGACACACUGAAGGACACAUCCACGAAAGUAAUGCAGUCUGUGGCCAGUUAUGCAAAAGGAGAGUUGGAUAUCUCAUACAUUACCUCAAGGAUUAUUGUGAUGUCUUUCCCGGCAGAAGGUGUAGAAUUAGGAUUUAGAAACCACAUUGAGGAUGUGCGCUCGUUCCUGGAUUCAAGACAUCUGGACCAUUACACAGUGUUCAAUCUGUCACCCAAGUCUUACCGCAGUGCCAAGUUCCAUAAUCGGGUCUCAGAAUGCAGUUGGCCUGUAAGACAAGCUCCAAGUUUGCAUAAUUUAUAUGCAGUUUGCAAGAACAUGCACAACUGGUUACAGCAGAACCCCAAAAAUGUGUGCGUUAUCCACUGCAUGGAUGGCCGUGCCGCCUCUGCAGUGCUAGUCAGCGCCAUGUUCUGUUUUUGUCACCUUUUUAACAAUCCGGUUCCUGCGAUCCAGCUGCUAAAUUCGAAACGUCCAGGAAUAGGGCUAUGGCCAUCACACCGGAGGUACAUCGGGUAUAUCUGUGACCUGGUGUCUGACAAGCCUACGCAUCCUCACUGCAAACCCAUCGUCAUAAAGAGCGCCACCAUCAGCCCGGUGCCCUGCUUUAACAAGCAGAGAAAUGGCUGCCGGCCUUUCUGCGAGGUCCUCAUCGGGGAGACGCGGAUCUUCAGCACAAUUCAGGACUACGAGAGAAUGAAAGAAUAUCGUCUCCAGGAAGGAAAAGUGGUGUUUCCUCUGGGGGUCACUGUCCAUGGAGACGUCGUGGUUUCCAUCUAUCAUAUGAGAUCUACAAUCGGAGGAAGACUACAAGCCAAGAUGACAAACACUCAGAUAUUGCAGAUACAGUUUCACACUGGAUUCAUAGCGCUCGAAACGACAGUGUUAAAAUUUACAAAACCAGAACUUGAUGCUUGCGACUCAGCGGACAAGUACCCUCAGCUGUUUCACGUCACCCUGGACAUACAGAUCGAAGACACAGACAGACAGAACGACCUCACCCCUCCGUGGGAGAAUUUUGUAUCUAAAGAUGUGAACCCCAGUAUCCUUUUCUCGUCGCAGCAGGAGCAGCAGGAUGCAUUGGCCAUGGGGGGAAGAGCCCCCGUAGAGCAACAGCAAGACAACAUCAAGAAUGCCGGGGGGCAGGGGGCGUUUUUCUCCUCCUUGAGCUGGCAAGACCAGAAGGCAGACAAGGCCAGCUCCCACCCAGCCUCAGAUGAUCGGGCUGCCCUGGUCCAUGAAGAGAGCGAGCCAUCAGACGACGAACUCCUGUCUCUCUCCAGUCAGCACAGUAACACCAGUGGCGAAAAACACCAUGGGACCCCCAAACACAAAAAGAUCGAACCUCCGGCUCCUGCAGCACCUCCGGAGGAUGUGGACCUGCUUUUCCUAGAUGCAAGUGCUGUAAAUGCAGCUCCAUCUCAGCCGAAACCGCCCCCUUCUAACACCGACCUCCUUAGUGAUCUUUUUGGGGCAGCUCAGGCCCCCAGAGAUGCCAUGUUCCAGACGGGAGGCAUAGGAUCUGCCCACUCAACACCACAGCGAUCUGCGGCAUCACCUUCUCCAUCGCAGUCUCCGAAAGUAGGGGAAGCUUCUACCUUUGAUCCAUUUGGAUCAACCCCAAAACCGCCGGGUCAAGACCUUCUCGGCCCCUUCCUGAGUGCGUCAAACGCCCAAUCUGGAGAUGCCUUUCUGCAGGCUACAAGGAGUCCGUCCCCAUCCCCCACCCCAGGAGGCCACGUCGAUCCUUUCAACAUUGCUCCACCAUCUGUAUCCAUCCAGCCUGAUGUGUCAUCAUCAACGUGGGACUGGGGUACUCCAGCACAAGGUGGAUUAGGAAGAGGGAGUCGAUCAGCUGCUACCAGCCCCACCGGAUCACCGCACGGUACACCGCAGCACCACACCAAGCCGCAGACCCUGGAUCCGUUUGCAGACCUUGGGGCACUGGGUGCAAAUCUGGCUGGUGGUCCCUCAUUUGCGAGUAAGCCAACAACCCCAACAGGCUGCGGCAGUGGGUUUCCCCCGGUUUCUCCACAGCAUGGAGGAAGCGGCUGGCACCCGAAUUCUGGAUAUUCUUGGCCGCAGCAGUCUAAGCCACAACAAAACGUCCCACACUCAUCUCCACAGAAUAGACCCAACUACAACAUCAGCUUUUCUCCAUUGAACAGCGGACAGAAUGAUAAAGGGAAGAAUGCAGCCGGGGCCGAUGUAAAACCAAAGGCUACAGCCGCCAACUUUGAAGAUUUGCUCUCUAGUCAGGGAUUCAACGCACACAAGGAGAGGAAGGGACCAAGAACUAUUGCCGAAAUGAGGAAGGAGGAAAUGUCAAAGGAAAUGGAUCCCGAGAAACUAAAGAUCUUAGACUGGAUUGAAGGUAAAGAGAGAAACAUCCGAGCGUUGCUCUCCACCAUGCACACUGUGCUAUGGGCAGGGGAGAACAAGUGGAAACCAGUAGGCAUGGCGGAUCUGGUCACCCCAGAACAAGUGAAAAAAGUCUACCGGAAAGCUGUGUUAGUGGUUCACCCAGACAAAGCCACAGGGCAGCCCUACGAGCAAUAUGCAAAGAUGAUUUUUAUGGAGCUGAACGACGCCUGGUCAGAAUUCGAGAAUCAAGGACAGAAAGCGUUAUAUUAACCCCCUCCUGUGCGGUUUAACAUCCAUCCAUGAACGUGACGGACCUUUUUCCCUCCUGGGUUUCUUUACAAACCUCAAUAACUUUAACUUAUUUUGGUGUAUGUUAGGGCGAAUGUGACACUAUUGUGGACAUGGAGAAUUUCCUUCUGAGAAUGCACAUUUGCAGUAAAUACCGCUGUCUUAAGUCCCCCCUCCCUUCCCUAGUGUUUUAUUUAUUUCGAUAUUUAUUGUUUUUUAUUUAUAAUGUGGAUUUUAUUUAAAUCCUCUGGAGUUGAAACAGUUAACUUGAACACUCAUGACCGCUCUUGUCCAUCAUGUGCCUGCGUUAUAUAUAUUUUUUUCUCGUUUCUGUGAAUACGGAACCCUUAUAUCCUGAGAUGUUUUACAUAUUUCUCGAGGAAGAUAUUUUGUGUUGCACUCUCAUCUUCCUUCUUGGAAGGAGGUAAACCUUUAUUCCUUAAGGCUGCAGAGAAACAACAUAUCCUAAAGAAGCACUCCGGGUUGUUGGGUUUUCUUUUUUUGCCCAUAUCAUGCAUACUCAGGUGCAGUGAUCAAACUCCACACCCUCUCUCUGCAAAGCCAGAGAAUUAGGCCAUGUUCACAUGAUGGAAUUUCAGAGCGGAAUCCGCCAGAUAAAUUCUACUUGGAAAUUCUGUUGCAGCAGAAUCAAGUUGAUCAAUUGCAUUCUGCUGCAUGGUACACAUGGCCAAAUGUACGCAGCAGAUGUUUCAUAUUCAUUGUUUCUUCCGAUUCUGCUUGAAAAUCCAUUGCCAUCUAUUGAGAUGGCGCAUUUCUGAGCAGGCCUAGCGGGCGGCAAUGCUCCAUAUUUUCCACUGUGUGAACAUAGCCUGAAUGGGAAAUGUAGGCAGCGUUAGGAAAUCAUUUCAGUGAUGGAUUUGCAAUUAGUAUGGCUACAAACUAAGUGUAUGUUCGCACUACGGAAUCUCUGCUCAUGGAAUUCCGAUCAGGAAUUCCACUUAAAAAUGUCAUCUGGCGGCUGCUGACGAAAUCCUUUAGCGGUAGGAUUGCACGGACCUGCGCCGUCACCAUUAAUGGCAAUGCAGUUUGCACUUAAUUGCGCCUAAAAAAUUAACAUGUUCGUUCUUUCAGCAGAUUCAUUUCAGCGGCUCCGUUGCCUAAAUUCCAAUUCACACCAAUGUUAAGGUUCACAUGGCGCAAUUCCGGAGCACAAUAGUGUGAACGUACCCUAAAACAUGUAAGCACAAGGCGUACACAAUAACCUCUACAUUAUUCUCUAAUAAUAGCCUAUGCUGCUCUAUAUAUGCAAAAUAAUAAUAAUAACAAUAAAUCAUGGAGUGCUUCUAAAAUUUUUGACCAGGAAUUCCACUUAAAUUCUGUGUAUGACAUAUCAUAUAGAUGUGAUUUCCUCAGAAUCCAACCCCCUUUAUUACUUUUCAUCAUAGAACGUGACUGCAGAAACAUUGAAGCGUUCAAUGUUUCUGUUGAUUCUGCUCGGAACUGCAUUGCCAUCUAUGGAGAGUCAUCUUCUGGCAAAUCUCCAUGAGGAUUUAAAGGGGUUAUCCAGGAAAAAAAACUUUUUUUUUUUUUUAUACAUCAACUGGCUCCAGAAAGUUAAACAGAUUUGUAAAUUACUUCUAUUAAAAAAAAUCCUAAUCCUUAAUACUUAUGAGCUGCUGAAGUUGAGUUCUCUCUGAUGACACCUGUCUCGGGAACUGUCCAGAGUAGAAGCAAAUCCCCAUAGCAAACCUCUUCUACUCUGUGCAGUUCCCGAGACAAGCAGAGGUGUCAGCAGAGAGCACUGUUGUCAGACAGAAAACAACAACUCAACUUCAGCAGCUGAUAAUUAUUGGAAGGAUUAUUUUUUUUUAUUGAAGUAAUUUACAAAUCUGUUUAACCUUCUGGAGCCAGUUGAUAUAUAAAAAAAAAGUUUUUUUUUCCUGGGAUACCCCUUUAAGAGGAAUUCCCCUUUAAUCUAUUUGUUUUCCUGAGCGAUGACUUACAUAUCAGUUUUACUUACUCAAUGUUGUAUAUUAUUUAGUUGAUUUAUUUUUUUUAUUGCAUUUUAUGUUGCACUAUUUUGGCUUGGCGUAGCGUUGGUCAUGAUGGCGAAUGUGCACUGCAGGACUGGAAGCAGAUUUAGGAUAAUGGGCAAAGAAGGUGCUGACAGCUUUUAGAUUUAUCUUUCCUUAUCUUAUGUUGCUAUUAGAGAUGAGCGAAUUUACAGUAAAUUCGAUUCGUCACAAACU